AUGAGUACCACUCAGCGUAGCGAGAGUAUGAAUGCUUUCUUUGAUGGUUAUGUCCAUUCAAAAACAAAUCUGAAAGAGUUUGUCGACCAGUUCGACAAUGCACUAAAAAGGAAAAUUGAGAAUGAAAAUCAAGCAGAGUUUCUUUCCUUUAGUGGCACCAUUCCCUGCGUAUCUAGAUCGCCAAUUGAAAAGAAAUUUCAAUUGUUGUACACGAAUGCAAAAUUUAAGGAAGUUCAACAGCAAGUAAUCGGUGUGCUUGAUUUGGAUCCAACUUUACAGACAAUGGAUGGUGUAAUGAAGACUUAUUUGGUAGAAGAUGAAGUUCGUAUUCAGGAGUUCACAAAACAGGUUACAUAUUUUGUGGAUUUUAAUGUCGAUGACUGUAAUGCAAAGUGUUCAUGUGGUUUAUUUCAGAUGAGGGGGAUACUGUGUAGGCAUAUUUUGUCUAUAUUCAAAUCAAACGGUAUAAAAUCGUUGCCAGAUCAGUACAUUUUAGACCGAUGGCGGAAGGACAUCAAGAGAAGAUACACUUUAAUCCGAUCUAGCUACGAUGCCGGGGAUGAAAGGCCAAAUGGUAAUAGACAAUCCAUUCUUCUGAAUAUGUGUUAUGAGAUGAUAGAUUAUGCGGUUGAAUCUGAGAAGGACUUUGACGAUGCAAAGAAGAAGAUACAAGAGAUGACUGGAUUAUAUCGUCAGAACCAACGACCCUUAUCUAGCGGCCAAACAGUUUCGGAACCUGGGGUUACAAUACUAGAUGGGGCUGUAGUUGGUAGCUCACAACAAGUCAAGAGUCCACUUGUUGUCAGAGGAAAAGGAAGACCUCCGUCUCUUAGACGAGCAUCCAGGAUGGAGACAGAAAUGCGGAAGGUUAAAGCCAAACAGAAGAAAGCACAAGUGGUUCAAAAACGCAAACAGCGAGAUGAAGGAGAUACAGUACCUAUGGGCACAAAACGGAGUUUAUUUGGGCCAUCAGAAGCAGAUGCAUAUUCCAACCACGGACAAUUUACGGUUAUGGACAGUAGUGGGACCACGCAAAGUGUUCAGUCGUGGUAUUUUGGUAGUCAAGGAAGUAAUCCUCCUAUGGUUGGUAGUCAAGGAAGUGUUCAUCAUAUGGUUGGUAGUCAAGAAAGUGUUCAUCCUAUAGUUGAGAAGGCGAGAGGGUCUCGACCAUUAACUGGUUCGACAGGAUUUGGGGUUCCAAUCACAGAGAGGGAGAGAGGGUUUCGAGGGUCUCGUGAUGAAACUGGUUCUGAGAUGGAUUUGGGGUUUCAAUCGCAGAGAGGGAGAGAGGGUUUCGAGGGUCUCGUGAUGAAACUGGUUCUGAGAUGGAUUUGGGGUUCCAAUCGCAGAGAGGGAGAGAGGGUUUCGAUGGAGGUUUCGAUGGAUUGCAAGAUGAAACUGGUGCUUGAAUGGAUUUGGGAUUGGAUUUGGGGUUCCAAUCGCAGAGAGGGAGAGAGGGUUUCGAUGGAGGUUUCGAUGGAUUGCAAGAUGAAACUGAGAGGGAGAGAGGGUUUCGAUGGAGGUUUCGAUGGAUUGCAAGAUGAAACUGGUGCUGGGAUGGAUUUGGGAUUGGAUUUGGGGUUCCAAUACCAGCCAGAGAGGGUUUCGAGGGUCUCGAGAGUGGAUCGAGAGAGGAGAAGCAGAGAGUAA